AUGACCGCUUCUCCUCACAUCAAAUCGAGUUCGACGCUGGCGAAUCCACCCACCUUCGCCAGCACAUCGCGUCGAGAUAGCACUUACAACCCCACCAACGCCGCCGCUCCUGCUGGGACAUUCGACGAUGACGAAGCGCUCGACGAGAUCCGUCGCUACGAAUCCUUCUCCACCGUCGACUGGGUUGUCGACAGCACCAGAGAACGCAACCGUCUCGCUCGCGAACGCCAAGCUGCCUCCGCCCACUUCGUCUCCUCUUCCAGCACACACCUCGCCAACGGAUCCAGUCGGUUGCACUCGGACGCAGCAUGGGGACACUUCGGGUUCGGAAGAGCCGGCGUACCUCCGCGAUGGUGGUCUCGCGGACCCUGGGGUAGGAGAGCCUGGUUGGUCUGGGGGGUGGUCAAGAGCGCGUUGUCGGCGUUUACAGAUAGCGGGGUGAUCGUGCUCGUGGGGAUAUUGAUUGGGUUGAACAUGGGCGUGAUCAGUUUGGCGACCGAGUGGGCGUCGGAUCUGAAGCAGGGGUAUUGUCGGUCUGGGUGGUGGUUGAAUCAGAAGUUCUGCUGUUGGGAGAUGAUGGAUUCGGCGGGGCCGGGGGGUGCGCCGUUGCCGGCUGCGGCAAAGGCGUUGGCGACGGCGACGGUUACGGUUACCGCGAUGGGUGGGGCUGCUGCGACAGAGAGCGUCCUGACACCUGGUGCAGCGACAGCGACGGCUGCAGCGAUUCGAGCUGCCACGCAAGAAGCGUACAAUCUCACAAUACGAGCCAUUCCAGAUCACGAGCUCUGGUCCCGUCCCGCCCACGACAUCCUUCAAGACGGCUUCGGCACCGGCCUCCGACUCUUAUCACGCGCAGCCGAAAGCGCCGCACCCUCACCCGGCGAUCUCAGCGAAACAUGCACAGACUGGGUCCCUUGGUCGAAGUGGACCUUCCCAGCCUGGAUCAUCUACAUGCUCUUCGCCGGCCUCCUUUCCUUCGUCUGCGCGCACCUCGUCAAAUCCUUCGCACCCUACGCAGCCGGCAGCGGCAUCUCCGAGAUCAAGUGCAUCCUCGCCGGCUUCGUCAUCAACGGCUACCUCGGGUUCUGGACGCUCGCCAUCAAGAGUCUCACGCUUCCGCUGGCCAUCGCAUCGGGGCUCAGCGUGGGCAAGGAAGGACCGGCGGUGCACGUGGCGUGCUGCAUCGGCAAUGUGGUAGCUAGCUUCUUCCGAGGGUUCAAUCGCAGUCAGGCAAAGAUGCGCGAGCUGCUCACGGCGAGUUCGGCAGCAGGCGUCGCCGUCGCUUUCGGUUCGCCCAUCGGCGGCGUGCUCUUCUCGCUGGAGGAGAUGGCGUACAACUUCCCGGCUAGCACCAUGUGGAGGUCGUUCUUGUGCGCCUUGGCUGCAACGGUGACGUUGUCGUUCAUGAAUCCGUUCAGGACGGGCAAGUUGGUGUUGUUCCAGGUGUCGUACGAUCGGGAUUGGCAUUACUUUGAGAUUGUUUUCUACAUCUUGCUGGGGGUGUUUGGGGGGUUGUACGGUGCUUUUGUGAUCAAGUACAAUCUGCAGGUCCAGUCGUUCAGGAGGAGCUAUUUGGGGAAACACGGGGUGAGCGAGGUGGUGGUGCUUGCUACGUUGACGGCGUUCAUCGGGUACGCGAACAAGUUCCUGCGUAUCGACAUGACCGAGUCGCUCGAGAUCCUGUUCAGGGAGUGCGAGGGCGGAGGAGACUACGACAACCUCUGUCAGACGUGGGCGCAGUGGCGCAUGGUCAAUUCUCUGCUGCUCGCAACCGUACUGCGUACUGCGCUGGUCAUCGUUUCGUACGGAUGCAAGGUGCCCGCGGGGAUCUUCGUCCCCUCGAUGGCGAUCGGCGCUACCUUCGGUCGGAUGGUCGGCAUCCUGGUCAAAGCGCUGUACAACACCUUCCCGCACUGGUCGAUGUUCUCGGCGUGCCAACCGGACGUACCCUGCAUCACGCCGGGCACGUAUGCCUUCUUGGGCGCCGCAGCUGCCCUCGCCGGCGUAACGCGCAUCACCGUCGCCGUCGUCGUCAUCAUGUUCGAACUGACAGGUGCACUCACCUACAUCCUGCCGACGAUGAUCGUGGUGGGCAUCACCAAGGGUGUCGCCGACUGGUUUUCGAGAGGAGGCAUCGCGGAGCAGAUGAUCAAGUUUUCCGGAUAUCCCUUUUUGGACAAGGAUGAUCACAGCUUCGGCAUUCCCGUGGCGGAUGUUAUGCGGCUGAAUCCGGAGGUGGUGGUGGCGAGCGGGAUGAAGCUGAGCGAAUUGGAGGCAAAGUUGGCUGGUGGAACGUAUAAGGGAUUCCCGCUGGUUCAGAGUGAGGAGGAUUCGACGUUGUUGGGGUAUGUCGGCAAGGUGGAAUUGAGGUAUGCGAUUGGGAAGGCGAAGAGGGCGCGAGCGUUGGGUGGUGAAACGGUGUGUGUGUUCAGCGUCGGACCCAAUGCGGUGGCAAAGGGCGAGGAGGGUGGUCGAGGACACAAUGCGCAGCCGCAGCAAGAUCUGUUGAGCGUAGCUUCGCUCCCCACGACGGCGGCUGCAGACCGCGCCAUCCGAGAAGAUAUGCUGAGCCGGCUCAGCGGUGCCACCGGCGCCGGCUCUGCCCUCGGACUCGGCGCAGCAAGCGGUAUCGGAUCGGGCAGCGCUCGACAGCACGAAUCCGAAUCGCUCUUCGGCCAACUCGACGGCGAAGAGGACGACCGUCACCACCACGCCCCGGAUGCAUCGUACCGCAGCAGACCCAACAACUCCGACGACGUCGACGACGACGACGACGCCGAUCCCAUCCUCGGAAGCGCCGGCGGUGGAGUCGACGGCGAAGCCGACCACGACACCCUCGAACUCGCCGGCUGGAUCGACCCGACCCCGCUCAUCGUUCAACCCGGCAUGCCACUCGAAACCGUCAUGGAUAUGUUCAAGAACCUCGGACCCCGAGUCAUUCUCGUCGUCGAGUACGGACGUCUAUCGGGACUGGUCACGGUCAAAGAUGUGUUGAAACGCAUUGCGAUGGAGGAGAAGGCUGAAGCGGCGGCGAGAAGCGCAGCGACGGUGGGGUUGCCGGUGAGCGGUUCGGCUAGCAAUCUGGCUGGAGAGAUGGGAGGAGCAGGAGCAGGAGGGGAGUUGGAGAUGCUGUUGAAGGAGACGUACGAGUGGGUGCAGGACAAGUGGGCGUUGGUUGCGCCGCAUGUGGAUGGGUUGAUGGCGAGGGUUGGAUUGGGCGGAAGAGGGAGACGAGGAGCAGCGACGAGAGCACAAGCUGGUGGUGAGGGGAGAUACUCGCAUUUGAGAGGGAGCACGGAGGACAGGUACGAUGAUACCGACCCCAGUGCCGAGGAUGUGCCCAUGCGUUCGACUCAGCAGCACCGCGGCAAGAAAAGGACCAGCUCGGAACGACAGCAGUUUGUUCUGGGUGCAGAAGACGAAGACGAGGAGUGA